AUGAAAUGGGACUCGAAAUUAUUGCAGAUCACUGUGUUGCAGGUAAUUUAAUCGUAUUACAUAACACUUAAUAUUUUUAGAUUCUGAGUGUAACGAAGACUGUGUGUAUCGGUUUUACUAUAACGGGUUUUUUUUCUGCCCGUUAACUACUUUUCUAUCAGAAAUCUUUUCCGAUCAUUAAUUUUAGGGUUGGUUUUUGCAUUUUGGUAUCAACUUAAGUCUAUUUGUCAGUAAAUGCAUUGAGUGAUCGUAUUUAUGAUUUUCUUUGUAGUUUUAUUAUAAGUCAGGAAUAACGUAGGAAAAAUAAUAAAGAUUAAGGUAAUAACGGUUUCAUUAUUUUCGAUUUUGUUUUAGAUUCUGAGUGGAGCGAGGAAUGUAUUGGUUUCACAAAGAUGUUCAUUAUUAUUUUUUUUUUUUAUGUGAACACUUUUUAUACCAGAAAGUUUACUCCGAUUAUCAAGUACAGCAACUUUUCUGAUAGAGAAUGUUCUUUGAUUGGUGCAUUAAAGAAGUCAUUUUUUGAAAUUUCCAUUAAUAUUAGAGAUAAUGAAGGAAAUCUGGUUCUUUAGAUUAAAAAAGAUUGAAAAAUUAAAAAUUAAUUGUCAUUGGCAACCAUUUUCAUUUAUUUUUUGUUAUUAUUAAGUUUUUAUCAUUUUAAUUUUUUUUUAGCAACCAUUGUUUUCAUGGAAACGCACAUUGACAAUCAUUUUACCAUAAUGUGACAUAGGUAUGUAUAUAUUGUUGACAAAGUAACACUAUCGACUGAACUCCGCUCAGAAUCGUUUUUUCGUUAGCAAUGGUUUAUCGUUGCAUACAGAUAUAUAUUAUGCAUUUUAUGUGAACACUUUUUAUACCAGAAAGCUUACUUCAAUAUAUACGAUGUAGAUAUUUUUCUGAAAGGAAAUGUUCUUGUUUUUUUUUUUUUUUUUUUUUUGCUAUAAUUCGGUUAUAAAUACACGUAGAGACUUGAAACUUGGCAAUAAUAGUUAUAUUGGACUUACCUAGACGUGGUAAAAUUUCCAAAAUCAUCGAUUGACUUUUUUUUUUUUAAUAAGCGUUUUUAAAUCAAAUUUAAACGAAAAUCGCAAAAAAAAAUUACGACAUUUCAAAUUAUAUAUUACCGAACUAUGCUCGGAAUCGUCUUUUGUCAGCAAUGGUUUAUCGUUGCUUACAUAUAGUUGCUAUCAGAUAUAAAUGAAAUAACCUUAUGUAUCCUAUAUUCCCAACUUCCCUCCUACAACAGUGGCUACACUCGUCCCCAGUAUCAGCUUUUUUUCCCCCUUGUAUUUCGUUUUAAAAUAUGUAUUUGCUAUUUUGUGGACGCCGCGUGCCGUAGAGCCACUCAAAUGAUACUCUACUACUCUCCUCUAACCCAAACUUAAAAGUUGAAUAUAUCGUCAACGGAUCGAUGGAAAUCAAACAUUUAAACACUACAAUUUAUUUCAACCCAUAUCCCAUCUAUUUAUGGAGUUUUUAAUAUGGGUUGCCAUUUAAAAAUCUAAGUAGUGACUUUACCCUCAGUAAUAAGGGUGAUAAAAAAUAACAUAGAAAUAAAAUUGUAGAGCAGCUUGUUUCUUAAAUGUUCUAGAAAAUAAAUUCCGGAAAUAGUGAAUUUGUUCCGACAUAAUGAGUGUAUCCACUUAAAUGGAUCACCUGGUAUACUUAUAUAUCAAAACUUAAGAAUGCCUAUUCCUAAGUUCCUAUUCCAAUUAUAAUAGGUACCCGUUUUCUUUAUCAAUUUCGAUAGUGAAUUGCGAUUACCUUAUGUGGUAUCAUAAUAUACUCUAAUAGUGUUAAUCAUGUUAAUAUACUACAAAAUAAUAUUAUAAAUUAUUAUGUAUGUGUAUGUCAGUCCCUGUUAUUAAAGACAUUAGCGGCGGUAGUCGACCCGGCGGGAGAUGUUGUCCGAAAAGUGCAGGACGGCUACCGUAAAGGAUUCGAUCGCAACGACCACUACAACGGUGAAAAAACACAGGACUCGGAGAAAAUAAUAUUCACCGUCGCUGCCGGAACUGGAAAACAACCGGAAAUGCAACAAAACUAUUACGGCGGUCGACAACGUCUGCAUCAACUGCAACACGACCCGGCGCCGCCGUAUAACGCGGAAACUGCGAUCGUCUGGACACCGUUCGCGGCCCAGUCCAACAGACCCCAAAACAUCACGUCCAUCAAGGAUCGGUACCGGUCGCUGCAGCGUCAACCGGACGUUGUCGCGUUCGUAACGCUGCCGCCGGAUGAACAGUUGCAAUUUAGGCCACCGACGAUGACCAUGGAAAACGACGACGGUGAAUUUAAUAACGGCAAUUAUUACCGUCACCACGCCAGCUCGGUAGUCCAGGAAAAUAAGAACAAUAAACGUCGGCCAACUGCAAUUCAUAUUAAUAGCUCUCGCGCAAAUGACGAUUCGAACUUUGUCGACCGCCGUCGAAACAAUCACGGCGAUGCAGUUACCGAAGAGAACGAUACACUCCGUAAAAUACACGACGCGUCACCCGUAGUACAAGGGGAGAAUAACGAGCAGCGUCAAAAUGAUUACAAUACGAAUUCCGAGAACAGCGGUGACGACGGUUACGAUUUCGUGCAGAUAACGACGAGCACGGACGCGCGGACGACGGUAGCCCGUGAAAAAGACACUGUGCGUCCUAUGGUCGACGUGCAUUCGAACAAUAGUCAAAAACACAACAAACCGGAGAGUUGGAGUUUGAGCGCAGUUGGCGGUACAAGAAACGUAACACGGCCGAAUAACUUAAACACCGCUGCCGUAGUGCACAACGGACUGCUGCAAGACAACAACAAAACUAGUCGGAAUUCGAGUAAUGCAACAGACGCCAAACUCAAACGGCUCGGCAACGAUAACCACAGUAACGUAGUUGCAGUAGUGACGACAACGGUCGGUGCGGCAAAAAACGAAAUCGGUGACGCGCAAAAUCAUCGGACGCCACUCGUUGAGCGGGCCGUAAUCGGCUUUAAUCGUCGCAGACCACCCACGUUCGUUGGCAGACGACGAAAAGUGCAGCAGUCGGGACAGCGACAAACUGCUGUUGUACAGCGACCGUUUGUCGGGGAAAAAAUUGGCGACGGUCAAAACUAUUACGGAGGACAAAACGUAAGCCAUGUAAGUGUACGUAAAAUAUAAAUGUAGCACUGUAGCAGGAAUUUUUUCGGUUAUAUUCAAGUCGGGUCCGGGAUCCAAGUGGUUUUGAUAGGUAGUGCAAUAUAGUUGAGUCCCAAUGAAUUUCGGGUACUAUAUGCUAGUUGGGCCCCGGCUUUCGGCAGGUUCUUAUACUAGUUGGGUCCAAAUGUUUACAAGCAAUAAAAAAAAAAUGUCUUCUCAUUUUUACAGACUUAUGACUGUCGGUGAUUUGUAUAUUUUAUAAUAAAACACAGGUAAGAUUAAAACAUUUUUGUUUUGUCAGAUAAAUAAAUAUUUUGGAAAACAUUCAGAAGGUGGGCCUCCGGUCAAUAAAUACUAAUUUAAUAUAGUAUAUAAAAAAAAAAAAAUAAUUAAAAAUGUGUUAUUUGAUUUUAUUUAAUAUUAAUGUACUAAAAUGUACUUAGAUAAAAAUGUAUAAGAGAGCGUUUUGACAAAGUUAAAAACAUGUUGCCAUGUUUUUUUCAGUCAUUUUCUCCUUGAAAAAUAUUGUUUUUUCUGCAAAAUACAUUUGUUUUUCUUCUAUACUUCUCAUUUCGAUGUAAGUGUCUACUUGGGUACAUUCUAUUCCACUCAUUAUCAACUCGAGACGCAACUAGUGUACAACUUGUGAAUUAGCAUUUUUUAAAAAAAAAAAAAAAACUGUUUAGUAAUGUACGUGUUUUGGUUUUUAACAAGAACCGAGAGGAAAAACAUGGACCUUUCGUGAAGUCGGUGAUUGGCGACCAACGACCAUCAACGCUGACCGACGUGAACAACGAUGACGACGAAAUAAGAGAACCCCCGCAGAGGGGCUACGGUUUCGAGUAUGCGGUGCUGGACGAGUAUGCAGGAACGGAUUUCGGUCAAUGGGAACGUCGCGAGCCCGGUCAGCCCGGUGUAGUUACAGGCCAGUACAGGGUCAAGUUACCCGACGGCCGUACACAGACCGUCGUGUACAGCGUGGACGCGGACAGCGGUUACAAGGCGUCGGUCACGUACGAGGGUGUCCAACGCCACCCGACGCCGCAGCGACAUUACGAUUCCGACGCCUCUGCCACAACGGGCACGACAGCGGUCAACGACGUCUAUAAUUGA